AUCUUCGUAAAACAUAUCACCACUGUAAAUAGUCAAAACUCGCUUUGUAACGGAUUUUCAUAUUUCGUUCGUUAUUACAUCCCACCCCAAUUUUACAUGCGUGUUUUAUUUGGUCAGUUGUUUGGCGCUCUAAGAAGGUCACUGUGAAGGUUCCGUUACACGCGGCGUGAGUUAUCCCAUAUUUCUGGUAGGCUUGGCUUUUUAUACUGACUAUAUGUUAGGAUUGUAUUAUGAAUGAUGAUAAGCGGAUAGUUCCUUGGGUUGAUGAUAGUGAAUUCAGUGACGUUGCUAGGAAUGUAUCUUCAUGCGAGACAUAUAAACUUCGUCUAGCCUGGGAGACCAUAAAAAUAUGGUUGUGUCGUAUGCCUGUAUCCAAAAUACCACGGUCUAUAAUUUGCACUUAUGAACUUCUAAAUGCUUACUUUGAAAAUUCAAGCCAAAGUAUGGCACUGGCCCUCAUGAGGUUUGUCUCGUUGCUAUCUAGUGAGUCCCAAGACCGCGAGAGACCGAAUUUUGCACUGCCCAUUUUGUCUCUUGCUCGUGUAGCAGGCUUACCCAGCUGGCUGGCUGAUCUGCGCAAUGACAUAGCACAUGGAAUAAUACCGUCAACGGACACACUAGAAAGCGCUUUUCGCUGGUCACUAAAAUAUCUGAGUGAAUUUUGGGCGUCCAACGUAAACUAUAACGAAGAACAGUUUAUCGAAUUAGAUGGGUUGUUGAAGUGUCAAAGUUUGGCUUUAACUAAAUACGUCGAAAAUUUACUGCAAGAAGAAAAGACAACUCAACUUGAUGUAAAAGAAGUGUUCAGGAACCGUUCAACAUAUGCUUGCUUUCCGUUGAUAGUAAAUACAAUAUGUAGUUAUGGCUGUGCUAUGUUCGUUGGCGGAAGUCCUCCAUGCAACAUUGUUCAGGACCAGGCUAUCAAACUAAAGCCUCUCUUUAGCACGAUGCUAUAUCACAAGCUUGUUGGUGAGCUUGUUUUACAGUUCAUUCUAGGGUUGAGAGAUGAUCACUCCGUAGACGACGACAUUCGACUAGAAUGGUGCAUUGCCUGGAUUAAGGCAAUCAAAUGUCGUGGGUCUGAAAAAUCGAUCCUACGUGACUACGUAGAUGGCUUGUCAUUAGACUGGAGAAAAGCACUUAAUCAUAUUUUGAAACACAUGUGUAAUAAGUAUCGUGAUUUAUUCAUGGAAUUGUUGAUUAUUCGGGAUCCACCGAUACCGCAAGACAAGUUUGGAGUGAUCAUGAGCCAUAUAGAUGUGUUUUGCGGCUUCGAUGUACCUAACACUCAUGAGCUUCAGACACAAGUGCGCCGGGAACAUCGCUGGGAGCUUGCUGACUCUUUGUUAUGGGCAGAGAAGCCGCUUGGAGCAAUAAUUCGUUCAUCCUGCCAUGCCUCGACAAGUAGACAACAUAAAGGAGUUCCUACAUAUGACACAAAGGGCAGACGCGAAGUCUGUUAAGAUUAAAGAAAACAAAGACAAUGUCAAGUUUAAAAUCAGAUGCAGUCGAUUUCUAUAUACGCUUGUAGUCGUGGAGAAAGAAAAAGUUGGAAAAAUCAAGCGUUCACUCCCACCAAAUCUUACUGUGAAGGAACUGUAAUAUGUUACUUAUAAUAAAGGUUCCUAUAUAU